AUGAACAUCUCGCACUUCCUGGCCUUGGUGCUCCCAGGAUCCCCUCAGGGUCAAAACCGGAGCAGGUCAAGAAGCAUCCCGUACAACUUCUCGGACCACUGCCAGGAUUCUGUAGACCUGAUGGUCUUCAUUGUCACCUCUUAUAGCAUCGAGACUGUUGUGGGGGUCCUGGGCAACCUCUGCCUCAUAUGCGUGACCAUUAGGCAGAAGGAGAAGGCCAAUGUGACCAACCUGCUCAUUGCCAACCUGGCUUUCUCUGACUUCCUCAUGUGCCUCAUCUGCCAGCCACUCACAGCCAUUUACACCCUUAUGGACUACUGGGUCUUUGGGGAGGCCCUUUGCAAGAUGUCCGCCUUCAUCCAGUGUAUGUCGGUGACAGUCUCCAUCCUUUCGCUCGUCCUUGUGGCCCUGGAGAGGCAUCAGCUCAUCAUCAACCCGACAGGCUGGAAGCCCAGUGUCUCCCAGGCCUACCUGGGGAUUGUGGUCAUCUGGCUCAUCGCCUGCUUCCUCUCCCUGCCCUUCCUGGUCAACAGUGUCCUAGAGAAAGUCUUUCACAGGAACCACUCCAAGGUUGUGGAGUUUCUGGCAGAUAAGGUGGUCUGUACUGAGUCAUGGCCGCUGCACCACCACCGCAUCGUCUACACCACCUCCCUGCUGCUCUUCCAGUACUGCGUGCCGUUGGCCUUCAUCCUGGUCUGCUAUGUGCGCAUCUACCGGCAUUUGCGGAAGCGGAAGCAGGUGUUCCGAAAGGGCACCUACAGCUCGAGGGCGUGGCAGAUGAAGCGGAUCAAUGCGAUCCUUGUGGCCAUGGUGGGUGCCUUCGCUGUGCUCUGGCUGCCCCUGCAUGUGUUCAACAGCCUCGAGGACUGGUACCAUGAGGCCAUCCCCAUCUGUUAUGGCAACUUCAUCUUCUUGGUGUGCCACCUGCUUGCCAUGGCCUCUACCUGUGUCAACCCUUUCAUCUAUGGCUUUCUCAACACCAACUUCAAGAAGGAGGUCAAGACCCUGGUGCUGACAUGUCAGCAGAGUGCCCGUGUGGGAGAGUCCGAGCAUCUGCCCCUGUCCACAGUGCACACGGAGGUCUCCAAAGGGUCUCUGAGGCUCAGCGGCAGGUCUAACCCCAUUUAG